GGAAAAUGUAAUUCACGUGCGUGACACGUGAUGCCCGUCUGGGAACUGGGAAGGGGUUUAGGGAGCGAUGUGUUUGCAAAACGUUCGUUAAAAGUCCAAACCCCUAUUUCCAAAUUCCGAUCAACUGCGGAGGAAGCAGAGAGAUGUGGUUCGGUGGUGGCGGCGGUGGUGGUAGGGGAGUUGCGGCUGGUUUAUUUGUGAGGUAUUUCUCUCGGAAAUGCGCCGUGAACGUGAGGAAAAUCAAUCCAAAGGUUCCUUAUCAAGAGGCUUCAUCCAUAGCUCAAUCACUCUACCAAGUUAUCAAGCAAAACGGCGCUCUCUCCAUCUCCAACACUUGGAUCCAGGCCAAGGAAGCUGGUAUUAGUGGAUUGAACAGCAAAACACACAUGAAGAUAAUGCUCAAAUGGAUGAGGGGAAGGAAGAUGCUGAAGCUGUUCUGCAACCAUGUUGGUUCCAGCAAGAAAUUUCUGCACUGUACUCUACCUGAAGACCCUGAAGUAGCCCAAUUAAGGAGCUCCCUAGAACACAAACCGCAGACUAAGAAACGUUCCACGAAGAGGAAAAAGUGAAUUAGAUAAAAUGCCUGUAUUUUGCACCUCGACCAGAUCAGGAAAUGAUGUCAUGGUCAACUGGCCCAUUCUAAUGUUUAUUACGAUCCAGACUGGCUAAGUGCUCCAUUUUGCAGCAUGCAUCCUUAUCAAUUUCUCCAUUGUUUUAUUGCACCAAAACUAUUUGCAUGGUGUGUUUAGUGACUUUUAGGCGGCGCCACCUUCCCUUUCCCCACUUUUUUGGUGAGAAAUCUUAGAUACCUCCUGACAUGUGAUGUUCUGCACUGGUUUCUGGAAGGUUUGAUAUAUAGACAUUUUCAAGUA